UUGAGGGAACUUUCCCCACCUCCCACAGUAGCUCGGAGGCUGGCUUCAGGCGCUGCUGUCUGGUGUGCAGAGGAGCAGGUGGCGCUUAAUCCGGGUUGGGUGCGGAGCCUGCUGCUUCCUGUUCGCGGGGUGGGAGCCUCCUUCGUCACUAAACACUUUGGGCAGCUAUUUCGUUCUUACUGCUUGGAGGUGGAGGGGCCUGAGGUGCGAGGGCAGGGGGGGGACCCCGUAUCACAAAUGGAGUCUAUAUGAUGGUACAGGAUGAUGGUGCCUCCCCUGGGAUUUCAUCAGCUUCGUAUGUCUCGCGUUUAAACAAUUUUUCUUCCCUUUGAUCAUGGAAGGGAAACGAUGGGUAAAAAGUAAGGAGAAGCGGGCUACUUUCCACCUUUAAAACUAACAGUCAGUCAGGUCUGAUUAGGCCUUAGUUAGCUUUUCAGAAAACAGUAUUUAAAAUGACGAGGAAUACGGUUCUUAAAAUGGGUUUCAAUGAACAGAUUGCAGUAAACAGUUUUUUUGUAUUUAUAUUGUCUGCAUUGUUUGGUGCCCAGACAUUGCGCCAUUGUGCUAGAGUAGGAGAACUAGAAAGUGCUAGGGCAUAGAAACCAGAAAGCGAAACUAAAAAAUAUAUUGUUGAAGCUGAGUGGAAAAGCAAGAAGAGAGUCAGCAUUAAUAAAUGAAAGUUAAAUUAGUUUUUAAAUAUUCUGUAAUGCAUUUCUGUGUUCUUGUAUAGUCUUACCAAAAAAUUCUAAUAAAAAUGUAUAAGACCGUUAAGCAUCUGUGAAAAUAUCAGUAUAUUUUAUUAUGAAUAUAAGGAGGUUAGUCUAUAUGGUAGGGCUUUAUAGCCUGCAAUUAAAUUACUUUUGGUAACUUGCUGUUUUUUUAAAGCAGUUUUUUGUGAUUAUUUAGAUUUGCCAAUAUUUUUGCAGAGUGCUGAAGAUGAAGUGCUAUAAGUCUUUGAAUCAAGGUUUGACAAAACUCACGUGUUGUUGGUGAAUUAAAAAAAAAGUUUCCCAAGUGUAGGAGCUGUAUAGGUUAUCAAUUUAUACAAAAUUCAGUGUAAUAUUUUGUUUCUAACCCUUGUGGUAGUAAAGAUGACAUUUCAAAUAUGAACUGUUCCUGUACUGUCUUUUUGAGUCUUCAGACACAGAUCAGUUGCCUCUGCUGUUACUCGUUCCUGAGCAGCAACAUAGUAAAACUAAUCAUUUUGGUAAGCUUUGCUCUGUUGUUUUAAAACAUGUGGAGCAAUAAGGAUCACCUCAGGUUCACUCAGCUCCUUGAGGGGAAAAUGGAACAUUAGAGGCAAAUAUUGAACUAUUUACAUAGGAGAAACAAAAAUGAGAUUUAGAGAGUAGCUACUGCUCAACAGCCAGGAGAUUCUAGUUGGGUGUGAAGGGGGAGAGAGAAUCACAGAGCAUGCUAAUUCUACCAGUAGCCAGAGGUGUCAGUUUCAAAUUAAUCCUGCAAAAUAGCAGAAAUGAAAGAUGGAGCAGAGUUCAGGAGUAAUAUCUGUAAAUCCUGUCAUCAUCCUCUGUAUUAACUACUGUAAAGGUGGAAUUCUCAAGAGGAUGUUAUUGUAAGAUAUGACAUUAACAGUGUAAACUUCUUAAGUCCUAGCAUGGUGUAUUUCUAGUCUUCUUAUGCCCAGGACCAAAGACUGAAAAUUUGUUUGUUACUAUGGCAAGUGAAACUUGGCCCCGCCAAGGAAAGGGUGAUUAAUAUAAAUAAGAUUCUUACUAGAGAUGACUAUUGGAAUAACAUGGCUGGAAGACAGUCUGGUCUUGUGGUCAAGCUUUUUCAAAUAUUUCAAGUUAAGAAAUUAUUUAGACCAAAAUGAAAAGAAAAAUUUCAAGAGAAAGCAAAAUGAUGCAACUGUCCAGAGGAAAAGAAUAGUAAGAGAAUAUGAAACAGCUGUCAAAAUGACAUCCAGAUUUGGAAAGACAUACAGCAGGAAAGGGGGAAAUGGCAACUCAAAGUUUGAUGAAGUCUUUUCUAACAAACGGACCACCCUUAGCACAAAAUGGGGAGAAACCACAUUUAUGGCCAAAUUAGGACAGAAGAGGCCAAACGUCAAACCAGAUAUUUCAGAAAUUCCUAAAAAACCCAAAGUUGAAGAGGAGGUAACAGAAGAUCCAUUUGGAUUUGAUAGUGAUGAAGAAUCUCUGCCAGUGUCUUCAAAGAAUGUGUCGCAGGCUAAAAGCUGCUCUCAGCUGGAACCCAUUGAAGCUGCUCAGUCUGAGGACUUCAUUUCUCUACUUGAAGCUAAUAGCAGAAUUAAUCAGCCAAUCAGCGGAGACAGCAUUGUGUCCAGCAAGAGCAUAUCUUUUGACAAUAUUGUUCAUGGUUUAAAAGAAGAGAGCACAAACAGAAACAUAGAGGAUGGGGACAGCAAGAGCAGCAGAGCUAAACUCAUAACAGAUAAAAUACAGAAUUUUAGUGAAGAUAAUAAGAACAGUCACUUCAUCUACAAGAAUGCUGAAGACAGUAAUGAAACCAAUGCUGAAACCACAGACGUUUCUGGGUACAACAUAGAAACCAAGGACUUACUUGACUCUUGGGACUCCCGUAUUGGGAAAAGCUCAGACUCUCUAUCAGAUAUAUCUCAGACUAAGGGGCCAUUAAGAACUCAUUUGUAUGAAUGGGAGGAUGAAGUUGAAGACUCCACAGCUGGAGGGUAUAUGUUAGAUUUUGAUAGUGAACAUUUCUCAGAUAUUAAGAACAAGGAUGAAGAGUUUGAUAAAGAAGAUAUGGAAAAUCCAAAGGAAGCCAUUAGUGAAGAACUUGUGCAAACUGUUCUUAGGCCAAGCAACUGUAGGACAUAUUGUAGAUCCAACAAAACAAAACAGGGGGCAACAAAUUUUGAUAAGCUAAUGGAUGGCAGUAGUCAGUCUUUAUCCAAAGCAAAUAAUGAAUCAAAUAAUGAUGGUCUGAACCCAGCAAGAAAAGCUGUUUUGAGUAGUGGGACCAGUUUUAGAGGGACAGUUGGGCGUACUAGAGACUACACUGUUCUCCAUCCAUCUUGCUUGUCAGUUUGUAAUGUUACCAUACAGGAUACAAUGGAACGUAUUGAUGAAUUCACUACAGCAGCUCCUACUGACUUGGGAGAGGCUGGACGUCUAAGAAAGAAAGCAGACAUUGCUACUACCAAGACUACAACCAGGUUUCGACCUAGCAAUACAAAAUCCAAAAAGGACGUCAAACUGGAGUUUUUUGGGUUUGAAGACCAUGAUGAGGGUGGGGGAGAUGAAGGAGGCUCUGGAAGCUCCAAUUAUAAAAUUAAAUACUUUGGGUUUGAUGACUUGAGUGAAAGUGAGGAUGAUGAAGAUGACUGGCAGUUAGCAGAAAGGAAACCUAACAAAAAACGAAAUAGAACAGCACCAUCUUCCUCAUUUCAGUCUAGUUCUGAUGGCAAUGAGAAUUUUUCCCAGGACACCCAAUUGAGCACUAAUGCAGAUCUACUGGAUUUUUCAGAGGAUUCAUCUGGUGUGCCUGAAAGCAAUAAGAAGUCCACAAAUAAACAAGGCGAUAAAUCUAAGGAGAACACCAGGAAGAUUUUUAGUGGGCCAAAGAGGUCUCCAACAAAAGCUGUGUAUAAUGCUAGGCACUGGAACCAGCCAGAGUCAGAGGCUCUACCGGCACAACCAGUAUUGAAAACUCCAACCAUCCCAGUAAGGCUAUCUUCAAAGGAGGCAGUUCAUAAAGAUGAUGGAGUUUUUAAGGCUCCUGCACCACCUCCCAAAGUGAUAAAAACUGUGACAAUACCUACUCAGCCCUAUCAAGAGAUAGUAACUGCAUUGAAAUGUAGGAAAGAAGACAAAGAAUUAUACACUGUUGUUCAGCAUGUAAAGCACUUCAAUGAUGUAGUGGAAUUUGGUGAAAAUCAAGAGUUCACAGAUGAUAUUGAGUACUUGCUAAGCGGACUGAAGAGCAAUCAGCCUCUAAACACACGUUGCCUUAGUGUUAUUAGCUUGGCGACAAAGUGCGCCAUGCCCAGUUUCCGAAUGCACCUGAGAGCACAUGGAAUGGUAGCCAUGGUCUUCAAAACACUGGAUGACUCCCAACACCACCAGAAUCUGUCACUUUGCACAGCAGCUCUUAUGUACAUCCUGAGUAGAGAUCGUUUGAACAUGGAUCUAGACAGAGCUAGUCUAGAUCUGAUGAUUCGGCUUUUGGAGCUAGAGCAAGACGCUUCUUCUGCCAAGCUGCUAAAUGAAAAAGACAUGAACAAAAUUAAGGAAAAAAUACGGAGGCUCUGUGAAACUGUCCACAACAAACAUCUUGAUCUUGAAAACAUCACGACUGGGCAUUUGGCAAUGGAGACACUACUGUCUCUCACCUCAAAACGAGCAGGGGACUGGUUUAAAGAAGAGCUGCGACUUCUAGGUGGUCUUGAUCAUAUUGUAGAUAAAGUCAAAGAAUGUGUGGAUCACUUAAGCAGUGACGAAAAUGAAGAGAAAUUGGUUGCUUCGUUAUGGGGAGCAGAAAGAUGUUUACGGGUCUUAGAAAGUGUAACCGUGCAUAACCCAGAGAAUCAAAGCUACUUGAUAGCAUAUAAAGACUCUCAGCUCAUAGUCUCAUCAGCUAAAGCAUUGCAGCAUUGUGAGGAAUUGAUUCAGCGAUAUAACCGUGCUGAAGACAGCAUCUGUUUACCAUACAGCAAGCCUUUGCCUCACCAGAAUGUAACUAACCAUGUGGGUAAAGCAGUGGAAGAUUGCAUGAGGGCCAUCAUUGGUGUCUUGCUUAACUUAACAAAUGAUAAUGAGGGGGGCAGCACAAAAACGGGUGAACAAGAUGGUUUGAUAGGCACAGCUAUGAAUUGUGUGCUUCAGGUUCCAAAGUUCCUACCUCAAGAACAGAGAUUUGAUAUUCGGGUGUUGGGCUUGGGUCUGCUGAUCAAUCUGGUAGAGUACAGUGCUCGGAAUAGACACUGUCUUGUCAAUAUGGAAACAUCAUGUUCUUUUGAUUCAUUCUGUUCAGGAGAGGGGGAUGAUAGCAUAAAGAUAACUGGUCAGAUUGAUGCUGUUCAUGCUUUAGUACAGCUAUUCCUUGAGCGUGAACGAGCAGCACAGCUGGCAGAGAGCCAGACAGAUGAGUUGAUCAAAGAAGCUCCUACUGCACAGCAUGAUAAGAGUGGAGAAUGGCAAGAGACGAGUGGAGAGAUUCAGUGGGUCUCCACAGAAAAGGCAGAUAAUACUGAAGAGAAAGAUAAGAAGGAAGAGGAUGAUGAAGAACUUGACCUUAAUAAAGCCCUUCAACAUGCUGGGAAGCACAUGGAAGACUGCAUCGUGGCCUCGUACACAGCACUGCUUCUGGGCUGUCUCUGCCAGGAGAGUCCAAUCAAUGUGACAACUGUGAGGGAAUACUUACCUGAAGGGGAUUUCUCAAUAAUGACUGAAAUGCUCAAAAAAUUUCUCAGUUUCAUGAAUCUUACUUGUGCUGUUGGAACAACAGGCCAGAAAUCUAUCUCUAGGGUGAUUGAAUACUUGGAACACUGCUAGAUACUUAACUUCCGCUGCAGGCACUCUAAUGUUGGAGCUACCCUUAGACAAAGGAAGGAAUCAUGAAAGAAGUCCUUGAAGAUACACCAAGACCAUUCAUCUGUGUCAUUCGUGUUCAGAUUUUUAAGGCUACCUGGUCUCGUAACCAUGCAUUCAGCAUUUUCUAAAAGACAGUUACUACAUCAAUCUGCAACUAUCAAAAAUGAGGGGAAAAGGUUCUGAAGAAAAUAAAUAUAGAAUCAAUGCAGUGCAGUAUUUAAAUAUUUUUGGCAGGGUUUACCCUCCCUUUUUUUUUUCCUGCUUCGUUCAUGACAAGUUUAAAGGGGAAAAACUUGCUGCUGAUAGUGCAACUGCUGUUUACUGUUGAGCCACUGUUUCAUGCCAGCCAGGUGCAAGGCAGCUUAGCUACUGAGGUAUCAAACAAAUGUUCUAAUAAAGAAGUUCUGGACAGCA